UCUGUCCGCGUUUCUGUGUAACUGUCGCUGUUAAACAAUUUCAAUCUAAAAGGCGGUGAUGUUGCGACAUAUCACACCGGAAGUGCAGUUAUGGUUUACUACUUUAAGAGAACAGAAACUCAAAGUGUUUGGAGUGCGUCAGUGCGCUGGGAGGAGGAGUGGCUCCGAUCUCCUGUUUUUUAAGAGAUGCUGUAACGUUUGAUCCUCAGAGGAUUUGUGCAGACAUGGAGCUUCUACCACUUCUGUUUCUGAGCUUCUGUUUCCUGACUUUGUCCGGACUGACGUUUGGUGCUGAAUCCGGACCACCUGACACCAGAGUGAUUGUGAUGGAAGAUGACGAUGUCAUUUUACCCUGCUCCCUCAGCACCAAUCAGAACAUUGAGAAAGAACUGUUUGUCUGGAAAAAGGAAGGAACAGUUCCACAAAAGGAGGUGUUCAUGUAUGUUGGGGGCAAACAUUACAAUAAUGGCCUCCCAGGUCAAGACGAGCAGUUCAGAGAUCGAGUUUCACAUUUUCCUGAAGAGCUGAAGUACGGCAAUGCCUCCAUAAGGAUAAAACAAACAAAGCUGGAGGACAAAGGAAUCUACACCUGUAUAUUCCCAGACAUAAAGCCCAGUGGAAAAACAUCCCGCAUUGAGCUUGUUGUUGGUUCCGAAAUCAAAGUGGUUGGAGAAGGAAGUGACGCCAUCCUACCCUGCUCACUCAACACCAAAGAGAGUGUUGUACAAAAACUGUUUGACUGGAGGAAAAAAGCACCAAAUAGACAGGAGGUGUUUAUGUACAACGGUGGCAUUCAUUACAAUAACGGCCUUCCAGGUCAAGACGAGCACUUCAGAGGACGGGUCUCACAUUUUCCACUAGAGCUGCAGUUUGGUAACGCCUCCAUCAUCAUCAGAAACACCACGGUGGCUGACAGUGGAGUCUACACCUGUGAUUUUCCACGUCUGCAACCAGAACAAACAUUCAGCAUUAAACUUGUUGUUGUGCCUGUGAUGAGAGACAGAUUUGGAGAUAUUCCUGGUGCAGCUCCGAAGCCAAUUGUUCAUGUCCUGAAAAUCACAGAGGACGAGGCGCGGCUGAAGUGUGAGGUCAGAGGUGCUUUUCCAAAGCCUAAAGUAGAGUGGAGGGACGAGGAUGGAAACAUCCUUCCUGCUGAGGAGCCACAGGUGUCACACACAGGAGAGCGCUAUAACAUCACCCUCCUCACCACGGUGACCAGGACAAACAGCAGCCUCUUCCACUGUGUAGCCACACAGGAGGAGAUCGGCCAUGUGACAGAGAAUAAGCUCUCCGUCAAUUUCUGUGAAAACCUGUUUAAAGGCACAUCUGGGCAAGUUAUCAUCAGCAUCCAUUUGCUGGUUGGAUGGAUUAUUGGAAUCCUAAGUUUUGCUUUACUUCUGGCUGUGCUUGUGGCUACAAGGACUAUCUCAAUACACACUAACAGAGGCUGCCUUUGGAGUGCAAACAAAUCCUCAGAAGAUCCACCAGCACCAGAUUCUGAGACAGGCCCAGAAGAAUUAAAAGGUCUAAAUAAAGACCGUGGCUCAGGGGGUUGGGAAGCGUAUCUGCAACCGGAAGGUCGCCGGUUCGAUCCCCGGGCUCUGUCCUGGGCGUUGUGUCCUUGGGUGCUGUGA